AAUACAGGAAGUAGCGGCGUGUAACGAACCGAACAACUGUAAUGAAGACAUCAGAAACAUAGCCACAAAAAAGUGUCCUUGUGCCACGCAGAAAUAAAUUAACGUUAAUGCUGCCAAACUUGGAGAAAACCUGUAUGGUACGAAAAUGGAAAAGGCUGUCAGCAUUGUCAUAUUGUCCGUCGUUUUCUUGGCGUCGCAGAUAAACUGCCAGGAGGCGAUCUUGCACAUGUCAAAUGGCAGUACAGAGAGGGAGUACUGUAUUGUCUACAAUCAGUCCUGGACUCCCUUGGCACAGACACUUGAUGCUGCUGUGCAGUACCCUUUGGUUGAUUUGACCUACACUCUGCUGUGUAACACCUCAGGUGUCACUCCAGACACAGUUCGAGGAAAAGCCGUGGUGGUGAUGAGAGGGGAGUGUAACUUCAGCCAGAAAGCACUGAUUGCUCAGGGCCUUGGAGCUACAUCUUUGCUCAUUGCCAGCAACUUAUCUCUGGUCACUCCAUCAGCCAAUGAGUCUGAAUAUGCAAAAGUCAAAAUUCCCCUGGCUCUCAUGCGGUUCAGGGACUUUGUGGAAGCAAAGAAGGUAUUCCAUGGUGACAUGCAGGUGAAGCUGUACGCUCCACCACAAUCAAAACUUGACCCCAGCAUCGCAGUCAUGCUUCUAAUUUCCAUUGUCACAGUGGCCUUGGGUGGCUAUUGGAGUGGGGCAUGUGAGAGAGACCGUUUGAAAGCUGGUGCAGCAGGGGGAGGAGGUGCAGAAAAAACAGACAGCGGAGAGCUUUUCUUGUAUUCUCCUCUUAAAGUGGUCAUCUUUGUGGCUCUGAUGUGUGGGAUGCUGGUUCUCAUGUACUACUUCUACAACGUCCUCGUGUACAUCAUUAUUGCUAUAUUCUGCCUGGCAUCUGCCUCAGCGCUGUUUAGCUGUCUAGAUGCAAUCAUGGAAAAAUUGGGCUGUGGCACAGUGAGCUUUUCCAUCCGAAAUUGGAACUUUUCAGUGAGGUCUAUUAUUCUGGCAGCUGUGUGCAUCACCAUAGCAGUGUUGUGGGGAGUCUACAGAAAUGAAGACAGAUGGAUCUGGAUCCUGCAGGACCUCCUUGGCAUUGCAUUCUGCCUCAAUUUCAUGAAAACUAUUUCACUUUCCAAUUUCAAGAUUUGUGUGAUUCUUCUUAGCCUCCUUCUUGUGUAUGAUGUCUUCUUUGUUUUUAUCACUCCUUUCUUCACCAAGAAUGGUGUUAGCAUCAUGGUGCAGGUUGCUCUGGGCCCAGAUGCAUCUGGAGAGAAGACACAAGGUAACAUGGUGGAGGUCCCUGCUGAACCCCAGGCUCCCUCAGAGAAACUACCGGUGGUGAUGCGUGUCCCGCGGUUCUCAAGCUGGGCUCAGAACCUGUGUGGGAUGCAGUUCUCCAUUUUGGGUUAUGGAGAUAUCAUUGUUCCAGGUCUCCUGGUGGCCUACUGCAGUAGAUUUGAUGUGUGGGUAAACAGCCGCAAGAAGAUCUACUUUGUCAGCUGCUGCAUAGCUUAUCUGCUAGGAAUGAUAACAACAUUCGCUGUCAUGCUGCUGUCUGGGAUGGGCCAGCCGGCUCUUCUUUACCUGGUGCCUUUCACCCUCAUAACGUCUGCUGUGGUGGCAGGGUGCAGAGGAGAGAUGAGGCAGUUCUGGGCAGGAACGACCUAUGAGGUCUUGGACUCAUCCAGGGAACCUUUGUUACCAGAGGGAAGAACUGACCACUGUGUAGAUGGAGACAAGUGCUGAAGAUGGACCCAACUGUGCUCAUGUGUUUUUUACAGUUUAAUAGCAGAUUUGCAAAGCAAGGGAACAUGUUGAUGAUGAUGUUCAGAUUCUUAAAAACCAGUAUGGGGUUAUUAUGACUGACUGGAUGCUAAUAAAUGCUGUGUAAGUGAAACUGAGAUGUUUUAAGUAACUCAAAGGCUUGUUUGUGCCUGGGAGAUCUUUCAAAUUCAUGUUCAGAAAGCAGUAAUGACAUUGCCUCUACUUCAUGCCUUGAUGAAAAUGAAGGCGCAUUUGACAAAAUGAGGAAGCACUUUAUUAUUUAGCUUAACAGUUGUUUCAUCAGAGGUGGGGUUUUAAAUUACAAUACUUGUAGCAACAAAAUAAUUCACUUUUGAUAACUGUUUCUGGGGUUUCUGUGUAAUCUGUUUGUAUGAUGUGAUUUAUCUUAAUGCCUUAUAUUAAAUGAACAAGUUCUAUUUAAUGCUUGUGUGCAUUUCUUGACUUGCACACAGAUGUCAAAGCAACCAUUACUGACUUUGUGAAGAGGCAUAAAACAAGGUUUGAAAUGAUGUUUGUUAGGUUUUACGGCUUUUGAGGUGACUAGACAUGGGGGAGUGCCAAGCAUUAACCCAUAAAUUCUGAUAAUGAAGUUAGGCAUUUAUUUAAUCAAUGUUUUUCCUCCGCAUUUGAUUUCUGUUAAUAAAAUAAUCAACAAGA